AUGGCAUCUCCGACCAUAACGAACUCAUCUGCUACCCGUUCCUCCCAGUCAUUCACAAGACUUGAGUCUUCGGGCGGUACGAGGACAAAAAGCCGAGCGAGCACCCUUCAGAAUGGUCGUCCACCGCUCAAUGUCACACCAACUAUCACGAAUUCUCCCCUUGAAGAUGAUGGCAUAUCACGGAAAGAUGAUUUAUUCGAGAAAAGCAGUCUCAUCAGCGGCGAUGAAGGUGUCGUCAAAGACAUCGACGAGGUUGAGUCUCCAAAAGAAGUCCCUGAGGGAUUUGACCGACUUCCCAUAGAGCUUAUGAGCUUGAUCGACAGAUUCAUAGAAUCUCUGAUCGCCAAAGUAUACAACACGCCACCGACAGCGGAUAGACUCUCUUCUAUCUUUCAAGAUUUCUAUAUCAAAGCCUCUGGUAAUGUAACCACUCACAUAAGCGCCCUAUCCACGCAACAAUCGAGAAAUGCAUCACCAAGCGCUUCAAUCUCAUCGAAAUCCUCACACACGAGACCACCACCUCGCUCAUCUUCGCGCGACACCCUUAACUCAGUACCCGAUCAACAGAUGCUGACGCCUCAAGAAAUUUCUGAUCGGCGUAAAGCUCGACGUUUACUGGAUCGAAAACAAACGGCGUUAGAAGAAGCUGUCGAGAGACACGUGUGUGAGCGCGUCUACAAUCGCAUAUGGCGACAUAGGUCGACUUUAGAUGAGGUGCGGGAUGAAAAGCUCCGGUCGAAAACCGCGGCCUUGGCUUUGGUGGGCAUCAAUCUGCAAGACCUUGGUGUCGACAUGGCACUUGACAACAAUAGCUCAAUACAAGAUGCCAAGGUUGACGACUGGAUAGCAAGCGCCAGGGAUAGCCUACUUCGUAUGAACGACUCGAAAUGUCCACUCGGCAAAUUGCAGCAGCUUACUGGAGCCCAUAAAUACAUUGUUAAUCUUUUAACGAGACUGCACAAUUCAUCGUCCUCGGCCGACGAGAUUUUGCCCACCUUAAUUUACACGCUGAUUACAACACCGCCCGAAGGCAUUAAUGUCAUCAGUAAUCUGAACUUCAUCCAACGAUUCAGAGCGUCGAGUAAAGUUGAUGGUGAGGCUGCUUAUUGCUUGACCAAUCUGGAGGCUGCCAUCACGUUUCUAGAGACAGUAGAUCUCGCAAGUCUACGAGCUGACGAGACAACUCAAGGGCCGCCUCCAAAGACUAGCUCCAAGCCGCCUGCAGAGACCGAAAGCGAUCAGUCUUCAGAGUCUACUCAUACACCGCAUUCGUCUACAAAAAUUUCGCAGAAAUCAUCCCCAGCAAUUCCUAUUUCUUCUCCAGAAAGGGUAGGAAUCGAGGAGCAGCCACUAUACGACAUACCAGGCUCUGUUGCUUCGGAGCAACCAUAUUCUCACAAGAGGAGCGUUAGCAAUCUUUUUCAACCUCCUGCAUUAGGUUUUGGGGCCGCUGGUGAUGCCGUCCGUAGCACGGCGGAUCAGGGGAUAAAGGGAAUUGGGAUUGCACUCGACAACAGCUUCAAAUUGCUCUUUGGCCGGCUGAGCGAGCAGAAGAUUGCCAGUCCAAACCCCGAAGCUGCAGGGACAAUCAUGGUGCCAAAGACUUUGGACGACGCGAGGAAGCUAGUCGAGCCCAAAUCUGCAGAUGAAGAAAAUACAUCUGAAGCCAAUUCAUUUGCCGAACGACCUGGACUAGGUUUAGAAAGCCGCUUUAAGUCUGAGGACAACCUUCUGAAUGCGAUUGCUGGGAGAAAGCAGCCGCUUAGAGAUAGGAGCGCGGACAGUAAUCCUAACUCAAAGCUACUCCAAAUAGAAUCAGCAUCAGCUAGCAGUGCAGCCGUAGAAUCAAUGCGGAAUUUGGGAAACAGUCUCAAUCCAUUGAAAGGGUUUGGAGGCAUCAGUGUCAUGCAACGGUUCGGUCGAAGCCCUUCCUCCGGAACACCCACACCGAUCAUGGACAGGCCAAUGAUUGAUACGCAGAGGCCGAAUAGCCAUGGUGGGGUCCCUGCGAGCGAGAUCAAGAGUCUCCCUCCUGUACAGCGCUUCAUGGACGCUCCUGAUGCCAAAGAUCUGAGGAUGAGCGACAUUCCAGAACUACUGCAAGAUUACAAACGACUUGCUGAGGCGCUGAGAACGAUGGGGGCGUUCUGA